UUAAUACGCUCGCGGGACUGGAAGUCUUCCGGUCCCCUCGCAGCCGUCCCGUGACUUUCCCAGCGUGCCGGCAGGGACGGAAGGUUGAAGUCUCUGGCUGCGCUCGACGAACCUACAACGAGCCCGCAGGCAAAGGGGAGCUUCUUUCCCUUCCGAGCGGCGCCAACGGGACCUGCUGACGUGCGGUGCCCGCUUCAGGUCCCAGGCAUCUUAACUAAUGUCAGCACCAUCAAUGAAGGAAAGGCAAGCAUGUUGGGAAGCACGGGAUAAGUUCUGGAAGUGCUUAGAUGAAAAUAUGGAAGAUACAUCCAAGUGUGAAAAGUCUAGGUGUUCUUUUGAAAGUGUAUGUCCACAGCAAUGGGUUAAAUACUUCAAUAGAAGAAGAGAGUAUUUAAAAUACAAAGCUAAACUAGAAGCAGGAGAAAUUCAGCCUUCAGAGACUACUGAGAAGUCAUAGCUACGCAAUCCUUUUCUGGAUACUUCAGCCAUAAGAGGGUUUGCCAGAAGAAAAGCACCAAUCAGCCAACAGCUCCUUUUGAAUUAAAAGGAACACUAAUCAUGUGAUGGCUAGAAUGCUGGUGUGUUGCUUCCUUUGACGAGGACAGUAGUGGCCUGUAAAUAAAAUGUCUAAAGAUA